UUGAGGUUAUGAGAAAUUAUCUCAAAACGUCCUUGACAUUAAGUGAAAAAAAAUUGUGAAACUACAAAUACUUAUAUCAAAUUCUGACAUAUUCCAGUAUCAGUGUUAAAUUUACAGCUCUAAAAUGUCCUUUUUUAAGAAAGAAAAAAUCUCUAUCUUUUUUUUUUUAGAUAUUUGGAUUACUGCACAGAAUCACAGACUAUAGAACUAUUAUCUACAUUUUAUGUAUUAUUUUGUGUAUUUAAUCAUUUAGUUCAUAUAGGGGAGGGAAACUCUUGAACCACACUCCAGUCCAGAUGGUGGCGGUGAUGCUCCCUAAAAACUGGUUGCCAACCGCCUUUAAACCAAACAAGAAGAAAAAUAAGUAAACAAAUUGAAACGGAAUUUAUUCUGCCAACUUGCUGCGCUGUUAAAAGCCGGUGUGUGACCUUGCUGCUGCAGUGACUUAUCAGCACCAUCCAAUUGAAGUAGUUCAGAAGGUGCUUAUUGAUCAUCAAAGACGAUAGCAGGUUUGCGUUCCAUUGCUGUCUGUGAAGAUAUGGACUCAUUCACUUUUGGUGUUGUGCAGCCAUCAAGUUUGACAGAGACAUACGAAGAAUAAACGUCUACUGUAACAAACUAUGGUGUAGUCUAUCCGGAGGAAGUGAUUGUCGAACUCGAGGCAGUCAAACUCGUCUGCGUUGGAUGUGGAAGUGAUCAACUGCGCCGUCAUUCUGCUCGCCCGGACUGCGUUGGAUGAAGAAGCGAUCAUCUGCGCCAAGGCUACAUUAUGAAGACCAAUAAAUCUUACAAGCUUGUUCUGCACAAAAGAGGUUUUGGUGGAAAUGAUGAUGAGGUGGUUGUCAAUCCAAAAGCUUUCCCUCAAAUCUGUCUUGGUGACAUUAUUGAAAUUGCGCAUCCCACAGACGAAUACAGUCCCCUAUUGCUCCAAGUGAAGAGCUUAAAAGAAGACCUCCCGAAAGAAACCAUCAGUGUGGAUCAGACUGUGGCACAAGCCUUCAGACUUCGUGCAUACCAAGAUGUCAUUGUUAACAUUGUUGACCCAAAGGACGUCACUCUGGACUUGAUGGAACUGACAUUUAAGGACCAGUACAUCGGCAGGGGUGACAUGUGGAGACUGAAAAAAAGUUUGGUGAGGACAUGUGCCUAUGUGUCACAGAAAGUGGAGUAUGCUGGAAUCAGAUCCCAGGCAAGUGAACUGUGGGGGAAGGGAGAAAAAGUGACCUGUGGAUACAUCAGUGACGACACCAGGGUUGUGUUCAGAUCCAUAUCUGCAAUGGUUUACGUUUUCAUCCAAAUGAGCUGUGAGAUGUGGGACUUUGACAUUUACGGUGAUUUAUACUUUGAAAAGGCUGUGACCGGUUUCCUUUCAGACCUUUUUGGCAAAUGGAAGGAGAAAAACUGCAGUCAUGAAGUGACAGUUGUGCUCUUUUCACGUACAUUCUACAAUGCUAAAUCAAAAGAUGAAUUUCCCGAGAGUUUUAGAGCAUCAAUCCAACAAGAUCACGAAGGUCGAUUUUAUGAAGACUUCUACAGAGUUGUAGCUCAAAAUGAAAGGCGUGAUGAGUGGACAUCUUUAUUGGUCACUGUCAAGAAUCUCUUCAUUCAGUAUCCUGUCCUGGUGCGACUUAAAGAAGCAGAUGAUUUUCCAGUUGGAUAUAAUUCAACAUCUGCUCAGGGAAACUACUUGGAAGCCAUCAACCUUUCUUUUAAUGUGUUCGACAAACAUUAUAUCAAUCGUAACUUUGACCGGGCUGGUCAGAUGUCUGUUGUCAUCACGCCGGGUGUGGGGGUCUUUGAAGUUGACCGUCUGCUUAUGAUUCUGACCAAGCAACGAAUGAUUGACAACGGCAUCGGUGUUGACUUGGUGUGUAUGGGAGAACAGCCAUUACAUGCAGUGCCGCUCUUUAAGUUGCACAAUAAAGCGACACCUGACUCCUUUGUAGGGAAUGACUAUAAUCUGCCUCACUGGAUCAACCACAGCUUCUACACUUCCAAAAGUCAGGAUUCUUGUAAUAACUUUAUUCCCCGAAUUAAACUUGCUGAUCACAAGCGUCUUUAUGAAAAACUAAAGAAAGGCACAGAACAAACGUUAUGUAUACAAAAGGAGUGUGAGAACGGUUUGCCAAUACAGGUGGACUAUGAAGCGUAUGACUCUCAGGUUUUCAGACUCCCUGGUCCUUCAUUGAUUCAGAGAAGUCCCACUUGCAGAAAUACUUCAACUUUAUCCUGCAGGAUGGGUCGGGGGAAAGAGAAGAGUGGAAAGAAAAUCUGCGCAUCUGUGGAGGUUGCAAUUGGCAUGGGUGUAUCUCCUACUUUGUGUUUUGCUGGGACUGAUGAACAACAUAGUCUGGCAUCUGAUGAUAGUCUCGGACCUGUAUCCAACAUGCUUCUGAUACCCCGAAUGGUUAAUGAAGUCAGUAGCUCACUGGGAUACACAUGUGCCAAAGAGUUUUUUGAGAAGACUGUCGAGUCUCAUCGAGACUCAAGUGCCCCUGCUAGGUUUACAGUGGGAAGUGCCGAGUCCACCUUGUACAUACAAUCGGGAGGUUACACACCACAGAGAGCGCUUAUGAAUCCCUUUACACCAACCAGGAUGCCCAUGAAGCUCACAUCUAACCGCAGGCGCUGGAUGCAUACAUUCCCUGUUGAUCCUUUUGGAGAAGCUUUUCAAAUCCAUCACCAGACCUGGCAAAACAUUGCAGAGUUGCAAGACAGUUACCAAAGAGAUCAUGCUCAGGCCUCAGCUGAGCUGCUGGAACUCUCAUAUCAGGACACCACGGGAAGGCAAGCAAGCUACCCACAAGCAGAUGAGAAUAUUUUUUACGUGAGGGGAGGGAUAGAAGAACACACUCAAAGCCCUGGCAACAGUGGUGCUGGCCUUAAAUGUGAUAUCGUUAUAGGGACCAACAAUUCUUCUGAAUUUGUCGACUCAUCCCAAUGUGCUGACAAUCAAAUUCCCAGCAUCUGCUGUGCAGUGGGGGUUGACUGGAAAUCUCUGACCACACCGGCCUGCUUGCCCCUCACCACGGACUACUUCCCCGACCGGCAAAAGCUACAAAGUGACUACACUGAAGGAUGCUAUGACUUAUUACCACAUAGCGAUCUGGAAAGGCGAGAAGAUGACUUGCCGGGGAUGAAUGCUACUCAAGUAUUUGAAGAAUUUGUCUGCCAGAGGUUGAUGCAGGGUUACCAGAUCAUCGUCCCAUCGAACAAGAGGAGACGACAACCCUCUGUGGCUACUCCCCUUGGCAGCAGUCCUUUAUACACCAGAGGUUUGAUAUCAAUGCGUCGAGGAGAGGAAGAAGAGACUGUUUGUUGGCUCAGUAUGGGUAGGACCUUCCAUAAAGUUUGCCUCAAAGACAAGAUACUCACCGUUACGCGAUACUUGCCAAAAUACCCAUAUGAGUCACGUCAUAUCCAGUACAGCUACAGUCUGUGUCCUCCUCAUGUGGAUGCUCAUUUUGUGUCCUGUUGGGUUGAGUUUGGCCAUGAAAGACCCGAGGAAUAUAAAUGGAAUUACUUGGACCAAUAUAUCUGCUCUGCAGGCUCGGAGGACUUCAGUUUGAUCGAUUCACUCAAGUUCUGGAGGACAAGGUUCCUCUUGCUUCCAGCUGGAGGAGCUCGGCGUGUGGCUGAUGAAGAUGGCCACUGGGAUGUUUAUGGAGCUGGAUCAAGUACAGGAAUAGGUAGUAGUAGUGACUGGGUCCUGCUAGAUGGUUUCAUCCGCUUCCUUGAGGGAGUCAACCGCAUUCGCCGACGCCACCGUUCCGACAGGAUUAUCAGAAAAGGCACUCCCAUGAAGGCCAUGAAUUCUCUCCUUUCAUAUCCUUCCGAACCAAUGGUGCCACUGCAAGGCAAAAAAGGAACUUCAGCUUUAUCUGCUUUACUGGAGAUGGAUCAGAACCAUAGGACAUUAGAGGAACAACAGCAGAAGCCCAAGCCCAUAACACCUGAACUAUCGAGUGCCGAAAGUCCACGCAAGAUCACUGCUGAAUACAUUGAAGGGGCAUUCCAAGUGGGACUGACAGCUGGAACAUCAAUGCAGUUUGCAGGAGAGAAUGCAACUGGCGUCAACAAUGACACCAGAUUAGCGGGAAGUAAUAGUCAGUUUGCACUGGAGGACUUCUCUCUAUCCUCUUCGUCAACACUCGUGGAAAUCUUGGAUGCCAUUAAAAAUCCUACGACAGGGAUACUACUGCUCCCAGAACAGAGGGGCCUUCCAUUCAACUGCUUCAUAAGUGCUGAGGUCGUCCACUGGUUAGUCACCAAUGUUGAGGGUGUAACCACACAGAGCAUGGCUGUCGAUGUUAUGCAGAAAAUGCUCGAUGAAGGUUUGGUUGCCCAUGCAUCCGGAGAUGCUAUGCGGACCUUUGUUUAUGGGUUCUACAUCUAUAGGAUUGUGGCAGAAAAGGACGGUCAAGCUUCACAGCUCCCCCCAACAGUGGCGUGCGGCUGGUCUACUGCAGGCUUGGAAGACUUUGCCUUGUUUCAGAGAAAAUGGUUUGAGGUCGCCUUUGUGUUUGAGGAACAACAACCAACUGAUCUCCCAGCGUUCCUCCUGCCAUGGCUGCCUAGUCGACCAGCCUCUUAUGCAAGCAGGCAUAGCUCUUUCAGUCGCAGCUUUGGAGGACGCAGCCAGUCAGCUGCACUGCUAGCUGCUACGGUUCCAGAGCAGAAGACAGUUACUCUGGAUGUGGAUGCUCAUAAUCGCUGGGGUCGAACUGAAUGGUGCACCUGUUAUUACCACGGCACCUUUUCCCUGAAUUCUGCCUUUGAGAUCAAACUUCAUUGGAUGGCUGUCACUGCAGCAGUCCUCUUUGAGAUGAUUCAAGGUUGGCACAGGAAAGCGGCAUCCUGUGGUUUCUUAUUGGUUCCUGUGUUGGAGGGUCCGUUCGCCCUGACAUCACACCUGUAUGGCGAUCCUCUGAGAGCUCAACUCUUCAUUAGUCUGAAUAUUCAUUGCCUUAUGAAAAGUGGUAGUGAAAACCUGUUUGAAGGUUUUGAACCAGAAUCUUACUGGGACAGGAUGCAGCUCUUUCAAGAGGCCAUAUUGUACAGAUUUGGGUUCGUAGUUGACAAGUUUUCUGCUUCAGCUUUUAAUUUCCCGUCAGAGAACAGGCCCCAAUACAUCCAUGUAACAGGCACUGUUCUACUACAACUGCCAUACGCCAAAAGAAAGUAUACCAGUGGACAACAGCGUCGGCGCAGGAACUCCACCACAUCCAACAGCCAGGGGUCAUUCAGUGGUGAAGAUCGCAUUGGCUUCUAUUGGGCCUACAACACUAUGUUGACUAAAGCCUGGAGGACUGGUGCUCUAGGUGACGAAAGGCUGGCUGACCGCCUGCUCAAAGACUUUACAGACUUCUGUGCCAAUAAGAACAACAGACUGCUGAACUUCUGGGAUAGUUGUCUGGAAAAAAUUAAUACCAGUGCCCCCUAAAGGCAGCAAUUACAGUUUCAUGUUUCAUUGCAAUUUUAAAUGCCCGAUUUUUUUUUUUUUUUUUGCAGACAAAAACAAAAUAAGACAUCCCCAAUACCAAAAAACACAAAACUAACCAACCAAAGCACACACAAAAAAACUAAAAUGAGAAAAAUAGAAAAAAUAAAAACACAUUUCAGGGCAACUCCAUCUUGUAUACAAACAAUAUACAGCCAGAGCAAAUAUAUUUAACAUCAGCGAUAGUAAGAGAAACAAAGAGUAACCCUUUUGAACAAGCCCAUUGUUGAAAGUCAAGCCAAAACCUUUUGUACAAACUCACAUCAAAAGAAAAGAUAAUCUAAAUCUUCAAAACCUGCACAAAAAACAUAGUUCCUUCCUACCAUCCAUUUUAAAUUUUGUCUUCAAAAGUUUCUUGGUUGGGUAAAUAUUAUUGAUAAUUUUAAAUUGAAGUUCCUUUGUUUUUGGUGGGACUGGAAAUUUCAAAUACUUGGAUCUAAUCACUUUUAUAUCUCCAGAGCUGAAGUUUUUCAAAAUAUAAUCACAUUUCAAAGUACCAGAAAAACAGUUUUCCAGGAAACAGACUAAUAAACAUUUAUUCAUCACAAAAAUCAAUCCCAUUAACAUGUAGCAGCCUUCAACAUGGAAUUAUCUCUGAAUACAUUUUAUCUUGUUUAACCAUGUUAUUUACGGGAUAAUGGGAAUAGUUUCACCAUUUGUUUGUACUUUUUUUUAGUACGAGAUAUGAGGCAAAUAGGUUUUCAUUUCCUUGCAGAACUUUGGACUGAACCGAAUGAGCAAACAAUAAUUAAAAAAAACGAACACUUUUUCUUA